AUGUCAACAUCCGUAGAGUCUUUGUUCUCCCUGAGCGGGAAAACAGCCCUCGUCACUGGCGGAACUCGAGGCAUUGGCCAAGCUAUGGCCCUUGCUUUAGCUGAAGCUGGUGCCGAUAUCAUUCUCGUUCAGAGAGACUCCGUCAAUACCGAGACCAAGGACAAGAUCGUCCAACUAGGUCGCAAAGUCUGGAUUCACGUCGCAGAGCUAUCAGAUCGCAAGGCAGUCAAGGCUAUUGUUCCUACAUUGACAAGCCAAGGUCUUAAGCCUAACAUUCUUCUGAAUUGCGCCGGUAUUCAACGACGACAUCCGUCUGAGGAGUUUCCCGAUGAAGACUGGGAUGAGGUUCUGGAGGUUAAUCUCUCCUCCGUUUUUGUUCUUUGCCGGGAAUUCGCCUCUGUCCUUCUUGCCCGGGAUGCCUCUGAAUUCCCAUCCGGCCACCGCGGCUCCAUCAUCAACAUUGCCUCCCUCCUCACCUUCCAGGGAGGACUUACUGUACCAGCAUAUGCAGCCUCCAAGGGUGGAGUUGGCCAGCUGACCAAAGCACUUUCCAACGAAUGGACGAGCAAAGGUAUCAACGUCAAUGCCAUUGCACCUGGUUAUAUUGCUACGGAUAUGAACACUGCUCUUAUUAACGAUGCCACCCGUAACCCUCAGAUUAUGGCUCGCAUUCCGGCCGGUCGAUGGGGCAAGCCAGAAGAUUUCAAGGGACCAGUCGUCUUCUUGGCUAGUGCUGCCAGCGGGUAUAUCUCUGGCGAGAUACUUACCGUGGAUGGUGGCUGGAUGGGUCGGUGA